AUGUUUCCUCUCGCAGGCGUUACACUACUAAUCCGUUAUCUAUUAAUAAAGCCGAUUCACAAUGAAAUAGCUGGAAAAUAUUCAAGAAAUGAAUCACUGUACUAUGAACCAAAUCGAAUUUGCUCAAUUAUUGAUUUGAGAGAAUUUAAUAUGUUAACCUUUCCUGCUGCAUGUGCUCUAAUUAUCUUAUUUGCAUUAUUACUGAAGCGAAAUUCAUUGAAGAAAAAUGCAUGUCAUGGACAUCUAGCACCGCCAGUACCGUUCGACUAUUUCGGUAAAAUUAAACGUAAAUUUGCCGCCAUGGUAUUUGCUAUUCUCGCUAUUGAAUUGUAUGAUCUCAUAUAUAAAGCUGUAACAAUUGAUAAACCAAGCGAAAAUACUGAUGGUAAGUUAAGGAGCAGAGUGCAGAUCAAACGGGGACCCAGAAACCAUCUUAUCUGCUUUCCCGUUCAACCUCAAUUUAUGAAAGAAUUUCUAUACCGCUCAAAGAAUCUGAAAGUGAGAAAGAUUGAAAUACUAUGAACGGUACUAGAAAAAUCUAACGAAGUUGGCCGUUUUGUAGAAUCCAAUCAAAGAUGAGUAGAAACCGUUCAUUAGCCAAAACGUAUUAAAAUUCCAAAAGGUGCCUACUGCUUUGGCCAUUAUCACGAGUUCUUUUAAAGAUGUAAUCGCCCAUACAUAUACUACUUUAUAGCUUUUGUAAUAUUACGACUACUAUCCAUUUCAGAAUAGAAAGCGAAUUACGGCAACUUGAAUAGCUCACAAACAGAAGCAGAUAGCGAUCUGCGGUUUUCGAUAUUUGCUAGUGGAUAGUUGGAGCUAUAGUUCUAUAGAAAAGC